AUGACUACUUUAAAUCAUUCUUCAGUUAGUGAAUUUAUCCUUGAAGGGUUAACAAAACGCCCAGAGCUUCAGUUGCCACUCUUCCUCCUGUUCCUUGAAAUCUAUGUAGUCACCGUGGUGGGGAACCUGGGCAUGAUCUUCUUAAUUGCUAUCAGUUCUCAACUUCAUUCUCCAAUGUACUAUUUUCUCAGCCAUUUGUCAUUCAUUGAUCUCUGCUACUCCUCUGUCAUUACUCCAAAGAUGCUGGUGAGUUUUGUGUUAGAGAAGAAUGUUGUUUCCUUCCAGGAAUGCAUGGCUCAGCUUUACUUCUUCCUUAUUUUUGUAAUAGCAGAAGGUUAUCUUCUCACUGCCAUGGCGUAUGAUCGUUAUGUUGCAAUCUGCAGCCUGCUUUACAAUAUUAUCAUGUCCCAUAGGGUCUGUUCCAUAAUGAUGGGUGUAGUAUAUUCACUGGGCUUAUUUGGGGCCACAGUUCACACUACCCGCAUGUCAAUGUUGUCCUUCUGUGGGUCUCAUGUUAUCAGUCAUUAUUUUUGUGAUAUUCUUCCCUUGUUGAGUCUCUCCUGCUCCAGCACCCAUGUUAAUGAGAUACUGCUGUUUAUUAUUGGAGGAGUUAAUACCUUGGCACCGACACUGGCUGUACUCAUCUCUUAUGCUUUCAUCUUCUCUAGUAUCCUCCAUAUUCACUUCAUCAAGGGACGCUCCAAAGCCUUUGGCACUUGUAGCUCCCAUCUCAUGGCUGUGGUUAUCUUUUUCGGGUCUAUAACAUUCAUGUAUUUCAAGCCUCCUUCGAGCAAUACUAUGGAGCAGGAGAAAGUGUCCUCCAUAUUCUACACCACCGUGAUCCCCAUGCUGAACCCCUUGAUCUACAGUUUAAGGAACAAGGAUGUGAAGAAUGCACUGAGGAAGGUGCUUAGGGGAAAGUAG